AUGGCCCCCAAGAAGAAGAAGCCGCCCAGGAAGGAGGAGAGCGAUGGAGUAGAGGGAGAAAAGGAAGAAGUGACCGAGAGACCGAAGGGCAAGAAGGAGAAGAGGAAGGUGUUGGAGGGAGAAGGGGAGGAGGGGGUGAAGAGCAAGAAAGAGAGGAACAACAACGAGACCAAGCUGAAGGAGAGGAAGAAGAAAUCGCGGGACGUCGAGGAGGAGGAGGGGGAGGGAGCCGAGAAGAAAAGGAAAAAGAAGACGAAGGCCAAGGGCUCGGACGAGGAGGAAACUGAGGAGGAGGAAGAGAGAAAGGAGAAAAAGAAGGGGAAAAAGGCCAAGAGAGUUUCGGACGAGAGCGAAGAGGAGAAAAGAGAGAAGAAAAAGGACAAAGGGGAUGGCAAGAAGUCAAAGGAGAAGAAAGGCAAGAAGCCCUACAAUUACCAGGAGAUUUAUGAGCAGGAGCUCCUUCAGUACAAGACACAGUCUUCGGACGAAGAUGAGGAUCCAUAUAACAGGAAGAAAGCUCACCCCUCUCCCCCCACAGUGUUCGAGGUGGUGACAGUCACGGGGGAUGUGCGAGGGGCCGGCACUGAUGCCAACAUCUUCGUCACACUCUUCGGGGUGUUCGGGAUCACCCCCAAAGUCCAUCUGUCCAGCAAGAGCAAGACGGCCUUUGAGAAGAACAAGACUGAUGUCUUCCGGGUCAAGACGAACAAUGUGGGGUUGCUCCAGAAACUCAGGAUCGAGCACGACAACACGGGAAUGAACGCCAGCUGGUUCCUGGACCGCGUGGUGGUGACCGAAAUGAACCGGCCACAUCUGCGCUUCUACUUCCCCUGUAACCAAUGGCUGAGCCGCGAGGAGGGCGAUGGACUGCACGUCAGGGACCUCCUGGGCAGCCUCAACCCCAUGGAUGUGCCCAAACUAAACAAGUACAUUGUCAGUGUGUUCACACCCGAUAUGAAGGGCAGUGGCACAGACGCGGACGUCUUCCUUAACAUGUUCGGCGAGAAUGGGGACACGGGGGAGAGGCGGCUGGACAAUGACAAGAAUAACUUUGAGAAAGGCAGCGAGGACAAGUUCACCAUCGACUCCCCCAACCUCGGCCGCCUGCAAAAAAUCACCAUCGGCCACAACAACAAGGGCUCGUCCGCAGGCUGGUUCCUGGACAAGGUGUGCAUUGACGACAUUGGCAAUAAAACCCUGUACGAAUUCCCUGUGAACCGCUGGUUUGCGAUGGACGAAGACGAUGGCAAAAUCCAGCGGGAUGUCCUGGUGGGAGGGAUGCACGCCACAGGGAUUGUUUACAAUGUCUCGGUGAUAACGGGCGACGUGCGAGGGGCCGGCACUAACUCCAAGAUCCACAUCCUGCUCCACGGCACCAAGGGGAUGAAGAACAGCGGGAAGAUCUUUCUAGAAGGCGGGCAGUUUGAGCGGGCGCAGAUCGACAUCUUCAACGUGGAGAUCGCGGCGCUGCUCAGCCCCCUCAGCCGUGUCACCAUCGGCCACGAUAACUGCGGCGUCAGCUCAGGAUGGUUCUGUGAGAAGGUGGUGGUUUACUGCCCGUUCACCGGUAUUGAGCAGACGUUCCCGUGUGGGAAGUGGCUGGACGAGGACGAGGGAGACGGGCUGAUCGAGCGGGAGUUGUACGAGAUGGUUUCACUGCGGCAGAAACGUCAAAAGAAGCACCCCUGGUCGCUGUGGAUCUGGACGAGUGACAUUAAGAGCGCCGGCACGGACGCCAGCGUCUUCCUGCAGAUUUACGGCGACAAAGGCAAGAGCAACGAGAUGCGCCUGGACAACAACUCCGACAACUUCGAGAACGGCCAGAUUGACAAGUUCAUGAUUGAGCUGCCAGACCUGGGCAUCCUGACCAAGCUGAGGAUCUGGCAUGAGAAGAGGCACCCGUUUGCCGGCUGGCAUUUAAACCGGGUCAGUUUGCUGAAGUCUCUGACCCAAGAGAAAUACGACUUCAAGUGUAAUCGCUGGCUGGACAUGAACGAGGACGACCACGAGAUCAUCCGGGAGCUGACAGCCGAGGGGCCCCUCGUGCCGAACGUCCUUCCCGUGCUGAAGUACCGGGUGGUGAUCUACACGGGCACAAAGAGUGGCAGUGGCACAGAUGCCAACGUGUAUAUCUGCCUGGUGGGAGAGCUCGGCGACACCGGGGAGAGAGCACUGUACGACAGCAAGAACAAUGUCAACAAGUUUGAGAAAGCCAACGCCGACGAGUUCCUGAUCGAGUCAGUGAAACUGGGGCGAGUGAAGCGUGUCAGGGUGGGCCAUGAUGGUCGGGGAGGGACCUGCGGCUGGUACCUGGAUAAGGUGGUAGUGAAGGAAGAGACAGCCCCCGAGUCCCAGGCCGUGGAGUUCCCCUGUAACAGGUGGCUGGACAGGAAUGAGGAUGAUGGACAGAUAGUCCGGGAGCUGGUCCCAGCCGGAGAUGCUCAAAUGCUUAAAAAUAUCAGCUACCACGUGCUGGUGAAGACGGGGAAUGUGGCCGGAGCCAGCAGUGACUCCAAGGUGUUUAUCAAGCUGUACGGGGAGAAGGGCGACACCAGCCGGCAGUUCCUGGUUGUGUCGGACAAUGACCUCAGGAACUACUUUGAGAGGGGCCGUGUGGAUAUCUUCACUGUGGAAACCAUGGACAUUGGCAGAAUCCACCGCCUGUUAAUUGGCCAUGACAAUGUUGGGCUGAGGGCCGGCUGGUUCCUGGACAGCGUGCAGAUCAAGGUGCCGACUCACGGCAAGGAAUACAUGUUCCCCUCUCACCGGUGGCUGUGCCGAGACGAGGCGGACGGCAAGACCGAGAUCGAAAUCUACCCCAGCGAGGUCCUGGAGAUAGAGAAACUGAUAAACUACGAGGUACAGGUGCAGACGGGUAACGUGAGGAGCGCGGGCACCAACGCCCAGAUCUUCAUCCAGAUUUACGGGGAGAACGGGAAAACCGAGGUCAUCGACCUCCGCAGCCGCUCAGACAACUUUGAGCGAGCGGCCAUGGACAUCUUCAAGAUCCAGGCAACGGACGUGGGCAAACUGAUCAAAAUCCGCAUCGGACACGACGGCAGUGGAAUGGGGGACGGCUGGUAUCUGGAGACAGUCUCCAUCAGCCGGCUGAGCUGGCGACCAGCGGCCGAAGAGAAGAAGAAGAAAAAGAAAAACAAGAAGAAGAAGGGGGCGGCGGAGGAGGAGGAGACUCCGAGUGGGGGGGAGGAGGUGGUGGAAACGUUCACCUUCCUGUGUCAGCGCUGGUUGGCUACGGACGAGGAGGACGGAGAGCUGGUGGUGGAGCUGCUGCCCGAGGGUGUUGAGGACCUGGAAGAGAACUCUUACGAGGUUCAUGUCUUCACGGGAAAAGUAACAGGCGCGGGAACAGACGCCAACGUCUUCAUCAACAUCUACGGUGAAGUGGGUGACACUGGGGAGCGGCAGUUGAGGAAAUCCGGCAACCUCAACAAGUUUGAGAAGGGGCAGGAGGAUGUGUUCAUGCUGAAAGCCGCUGACCUGGGAACACUGAAAAAACUCCGCAUCCGUCACGACAACUCCAGUGGCAGCGCCGGCUGGUUCCUCAAUGAGGUGGAGAUCGUCGACCUGAAGGAUGACACCUUGUAUUUCUUCCCCUGUGAGCGCUGGUUGGCUGUGGAUGAAGAUGAUGGACAGAUUGCGAGGGAGCUGGUGCCGGUGAAUGAGGCUUUCCUGAAGAAAGGCUCAGAUGAUGAGCAAGCUACACUCGGGCUGGAGCAGAAAGCUCAGUCCACCACCUACACCGUGAGGGUCAAAACUGGGGACAAGAAAAACGCAGGCACCGACUCCAACAUCUUCAUCAACCUUUACGGGGAGCACGACGACACCGGUGUCGUGAACCUCAAGUCCUCGAAGAUGAACAAGAACAAGUUUGAGCGAGGACAGGUGGACGAGUUUAUAGUGGAGGCCGUGGACCUGGGGCCACUCAGGAAGAUCCGAGUCGGACACAACAACUGCAAUGGGUCUCCCGGCUGGUUCCUGGAUUGGGUGGAGAUUGACGCUCCCUCUCUCGGACGGCGGCUGAGGUUCCCGUGCGGGCGAUGGCUGGACAAGAGGGAGGAUGACGGAGCCAUUGUGCGGGACCUUGUCCCCGCGAGCUUGCAAACCGUGGAAUAUGUGCCAUUUGUGCCCUACGAGAUCACGGUAUUCACCAGUGACCGUUACGGAGCGGGAACGGACGCUGACGUCUCUGUGGUGCUGUACGGCCUGGACGGGGUCUGUAGCCAGAAGAGGUCCCUGUGUGUCAACAAGCGGGAGCGACGCAUGUACUUCAAGAGAGGAGCCACCAACAAGUUCAUCGUGGAGCUGGCAGACGUGGGGGAGAGUAUAGAGAAGCUGCGGGUUGAACACAAUGGACGGGGCCUGAACUCAGGUUGGCAUCUGGACCGUGUGGAGAUCCGCCGACUGCUUCCCAAGGGAAAGGGCUCGGAGACGGUGAUCUUCCCUUGUGAGCGCUGGCUGGCCAAGUCCGAGGAUGAUGGUGAGAUCGUUCGGGAGCUGGUGCCCAGCACCAUCAUCCAGGAGCGUUUGCAGCGAGAUGGCACGUUAGCCUGCAGCGAGACCGAUGUGGAGGAGCCACUAGAGACUCACACCUACAAGGUGUCCGUCUCCACCGGAGACGUCUAUGGAGCCGGGACUGAUGCCAACGUCUUCCUCACUGUCUACGGGGACCUGGGAGACACCGGCGAGCGCAAACUCAGCAAAUCCGAGGACCACUCCAACAAGUUUGAGCGAGGACAGGUGGACACCUUCACGAUGGAGGCUGUAGACCUGGGGCAGAUUUACAAGAUCCGGAUUCGGCACGACAACACGCUGGCGAGCGCGGAGUGGUACCUGGAGCAGGUGGAGGUGGUGGACGAGAACACAGAGGAGGUCUCGGUCUUCCUGUGCGAGCGCUGGCUCUCCAGAACCAGAGAGGACAAGAGGAUCGACCGGGUUUUGUACAUCAAGGGUUAUGAGGGCGAUAGGAAGAGCCUCGUCCCAUCCACCCAGGGGUCAAAACUGAGUCUCAGCAACGUUCAGCUCAGGAGCCUAACAGAGGGGUCGACAGAGGAGGGAACCAUUAUCCCGUACCACAUCACCAUCACCACGAGCGUCCAACGAGAGGCCGGCACCAUGAGCCGGGCUUUCAUCAUCAUCAUGGGUCCUCAGAGGAUGCGCACGGCCAGGCUCUGGCUGGAACUGCCGCCCGGGAAGAAAGGAUUUGUUCCCGGGUCAGUGGAAAACUUCAUGGUCAACGGACUGGAUGUUGGGGAGAUUAAGAAGAUUGAGUUGGGCCAUGAUGGAGCCACGCCAGAGAGCUGCUGGUUAGUGGACGAGCUGGAGGUCUCUGUGCCCACCAAAGGAGUCAUGUACAUGUUCCUCUGUAACUGCUGGCUGGCCAAGGAUCGAGGGGACGGCCUGACCUCACGGAUCUUCAGCAUCCUGGACGCUGAGAACGUUAACAUCGGGCAGAAGGUUCUCUAUGAAAUGACGGUGGUCAAUGGUGACAUCCAGAACGCUGGCACCGACUCCAAUAUCUACAUGACAGUGUUUGGAGCCAAUGGGAGCACCGAUGAGAUGCUGCUGGAUAAGAACGGGGACAGGUUCGAGAGGGGUCAGGAAGAUGUCUUUGUCAUAGAGAUAGAGGAUAUCGCUCCACUGAGGAAGAUCAGAAUCCGCACGGAGACCAAGGGGAAUCGGCCGGACUGGUUCCUGGACAAGAUAAUCCUGAGGAACCUGUCCACGGAGGAUGUGAGCACUUUCACUAACAACGAGUGGUUGUCAAGGACCCGCGGCUCCAAACCCACCACCGUCUGUGAGAUGGGGGCCGUCAUCGAGGGGGAGGAGACCGUGGAGAAGACCACCUAUUCCUUCAGCGUGAAAACCAGCGACGUCUCAGGAGCUGGGACGGACGCCAACGUGUUCCUCAUCGUGUUCGGGGAGAACGGGGACACGGGCACGCUGGCCCUGAAGGAGUCCAACAACAGCAACAAGUUUGAACGCAAACGGACGGACAUCUUCAAGUUCCCGGACAUGCUGAGCCUCGGCAACCUGUCCAAGGUCCGUGUGUGGCACAACAACAAGGGGCUCGCUGCAGGCUGGCACCUGGAGCUGAUUGAGGUGAAGGACGAGGCCAUGGACAAGAUCUUCCGCUUCCCGUGUGACCGCUGGCUCGCCAAGGACGAGGACGACAGGCAGAUACUCCGCGAGCUCGCCUGUGCCAACAACGACAUCCUGGAUUUAAUGGAACGCACACGCUACGAGAUCCGAACCAAAACCAGCGACAGAGAUGACGCUGAGUCCAAGGAGAACGUCUGGAUGGUCCUCGAGGGCAAGAAGGGACGAUCCAAGGAAUUUAUGCUGGAAAACUCCACCAAGAGGAAGAAGUUCCUGAGGGGGGCCAUAGAUAAGUUUGAGUUUUCCUCCAAGAACGUGGGUGACAUCGCCACGGUGUGUGUCGGCCACUGCCCGCGGGACGGCAAGAAGGUCACGGCCAAGAGCCACGCUCACUGGCAUGUGGCUGAGAUUGUGGUCACCGAGAUGGAGGUCGGCAACAGGUAUGUGUUUGAGUGUAACAGUCGGGUGACCCUAAGCCACCGGAGGGACGACUUCAAAGCCUUCGAGUGCACCAAGAUGGUGGAGAGCUUCGCCAGCAAGGUCCGCAACCUGGUGCCGGUGAAAUACGAGAUCAUCGUGGUGACGGGGGACGUGAAGGGCGCGGGGACAGAUGCCAACGUCUUUCUGACCAUCUACGGCACCAACGGCAACUCCGGCUGCCGGCAGCUCAAGCAGAAGUUCCGGAACCUGUUUGAGCGCGGACGGACAGACCGCUUCCUGCUGGAGAUGCUGGACCUGGGCGAGCUUUACCGUCUCCGGGCCGAGCAGGACGGGGGAGGACACGCGGCCGGGUGGCUGCUGGAGCGCAUGGAGAUCACAAACAUCGCCACCGGCGUCAGCACCAUCUUCCCUUGCGGCAAGUGGCUGGACAGCAAGAGAGGCGACGGCAGGACCUUUCGGGAAAUCUACCCUAAAUUUUAACGCAUUCCGGGCGCU